AUGGCCCCCAAAGACGGAAAUGAAUCGGACAAUGAUGAGGAGAUCCAAAACCAGAUGACUUCACAAGAAAUAGGGACAACAGAAGAGAUAAGGGCGUUAAAACAACAAAUAGCAGAGAUGUACGAGGCUUGGAUGAGUGGACAACCUCCACCGUCUUCAAUCCGAGACUAUUUUAAUACAAAUAUGUCUCACCCUAUCCAGGUGUCGACAAGCGAUCCGAUAUAUCCCCCUGGAUUCAGCCCCUAUGCUAACACAUUCAAUGUCGCUGGAACUUCUAUGCCAACGAUGGUGCCCAAAUCCAACAGCGAUCCUCCGCCCAAAGUUCGGCGUGAUCAGAGUUACACUAUUGAAGAGGCCAUUAAAAUUCCAAGCUCUCAUCCCCACAUUCAUCAAUAUAGUUCCCCUGUCGAAAUUGAGAGGAUGGUCAAGAAUGAGGAACAUGAAGAAAUGACUAAGAAAAUGAAGAGUUUGGAACAGAGUAUAAGAGAUAUGCAAGGACUACGAGGCCACAAAGGCAUCUCGUUCAGUGACUUGUGUAUGUUUCCUCACGUCCAUUUACCUGCUGGUUUUAAAACUCCGAAGUUUGAAAAAUAUGAUGGUCACGGAGACCCAAUAGCUCAUCUAAAGAGAUAUUGCAACCAAUUGAGGGGUGCAGAGGGCAAAGAAGAGUUACUUAUGGCCUAUUUUGGGGAAAGCUUAGUAGGGAUUGCAUCUGAAUGGUUCAUAGAUCAGGAUAUCACCAACUGGCACACAUGGGAUGAUUUGGCUCGAUGUUUUGUACAGCAAUUCCAAUAUAAUAUUGACAUUGUUCCAGAUCGCUCCUCGUUAGCCAACAUGAGGAAAAAAGCCACAGAAAAUUUUCGUGAAUAUGCUAUCAGAUGGAGGGAACAAGCUACUAGGGUUAAACCACCGAUGAAGGAGUCAGAGAUGAUUGAUGUUUUUCUCCAGGCGCAAGAACCUGAUUAA